UUUUUAGUCACACAAUAUAUAAACACCUAAAAGAAACAAAAAAAAAGAGAAAAAAAAACCCAAAAAAAAAAAAAAGAAGAAUAACUUCUGAAAUCUAUGGCAAAGAAGGUGAGGAAGCUUCACGUGACGGUGAAGCCGGUGAGGCUUGAUGGAUUACCGGCUAUUCUCGGUGAUGAAACGGCGGGGAAGAACCUUUCCGCGAUGGUAGAGGUGAAAUGGAAAGGACCGGUCUCCGGUUUUGGAUUAGGUUUCGUCCCUUUCUAUCGGUCGAAUCGACCGGUUAACCAUACUAGCUCUAAACCGAUUGCUUUAGGCGUAAGCCAUGUAGAAUGGGAAGAAGAGUUUGAACGCGUUUGUUGCAUCGUUGGCCCAUGGAACCUCUCCUUCAAUGUCUUCUACGGUGAAAAUAUGGACGCAAAAAACAAAAAGUCUUUGAUCGGAAAAGCAUCGUUGGAUUUGUCGGAGUUAGCGUCAAAACAAGAAUCGACGGUGGAGAGAAAGCUUCCGAUUCGGUCAAAAGGUUCCGUACUUUCGAAGGAAGCAACACUUUUGGUCAACGUGACUUUUUCCGAGGUAAGAACCGAACCAGACGACUUUAUGCAACUUGGUCAGGUCUCCAUUGACUCAGUAAUUACGAAGAAGAUGUCAACGAGUCGUCGUGGCGGUGGCAGCAAUUUCGAUUCUUCUUCCUCCCCGGCCACCGCGUCGAGUUCAGGCGGACGGAGCCCCCUUGUUGAAACCGGGUCAUCUUCAAGCCCGGAUGAGAACCAAUCUGAACCGGGUCAAAAAGCCGGGUUUAAUUGGUGGAAGAGAAGACGGUUAAGCUUUUCGAUGACAUGGAGAAGAGAACCGAGAGAGGAUGAAGUUGCAAAGACAUCAACGAAACCAUCGGAGGAACCAGAAAAACCGGCGACGGCGGCGACGGAGCUAUCAAUCGAGGCAAACAAAUGGGUAAUGAAGGAUUUAGUGAGCCGAGAUGGAAAAUCGAAACUGAAAUCGGAAGUCUACUCAGCGUCGAUUGAUCAAAGAAGCGAACAAGCCGCCGGAGAAGCAGCUUGCGCGGCGGUUGCAGUGGUGGUGGCGCAUUGGUUCCAUGCGAAUCCUAAGCUCAUAAAUCCUUCAGGAACAGAGUUCGAUUCGUUGAUCACGCAAGGCUCUUCCUUAUGGCAAUCUCUUUGCGACCAAGAAUCGUUUCUGAGAUUGUUUCCAAACAAGCAUUUCGAUCUCGAAACGAUCGUUUCCGCAAAUUUACGACCGGUUAGGGUUUGUACUGAUAAGUCGUUCACCGGGUUUUUCAGCCCGGAGAGAUUUGCUUCGUUGGAUGGUCUAAUGUCGUUUGAUCAGAUUUGGGACGAGGUAGAGAAAGAAGUAGCGUUAGCCUCAAGUAAUGGUGAAACUAGGGUUUAUAUUGUUAGCUGGAAUGAUCAUUUCUUCGUGGUGAAGGCAGAUUUAGAUGGUUAUUGCGUUAUCGAUUCGUUAGGGGAGAGAUUGUUUGAAGGAUGCAAGCAAGCUUACAUUCUAAAGUUUGAUGAUUCGAGUUUGAUGUAUGAGAAAGAGGAAUCGUCGGAGAAGUUGGUUUGUGAAGGUAAAAAGUGUUGUAGAGAAUAUAUAAAGAGGUUUUUGGCGGCGAUUCCGGUGGCGGAGUUGGCGGCAAAGGAGGAGAAAGGGAAUGUAGUGGAUGUGUCUCUUCUUCAUGAGAAACUUCAGAUUGAUUUGCAUCAUAUUAUGUUGACUAGUGAUGAUUAGAGUUUUUGUUUUUCUGACUAUUGAUUGGUGACUCGUUAGUGUAGAUUUGUUAGGAUGGUGAGAUAUAGAGAGAGUAUUAAUUUUUGUACAUAUGGUUCGUUAAGUCAAGGAAAAGUUUUCAUUUGUCCUGGCUUAGGUACUAAAAUCCAAACAGGCUU